AUGGCGGAGCUGCCGACUUUCGAGAGCGUCAGGAGCACCAUGUACCGGGAGAAGAAAAAGCAGCAACCAAGCCUACCAAAAAACAUGGCCGAGAUUAACCUUGGAAGACUGUAUACGGAGACACUCGACAAGCGAGACUUCCUGCUGUUCGACGUCUACAUAAGUGCAGGCCGUAUUCUUUGCUUUUUUGCGCAGGAGCUGCAUUUUCAUUUUGCGGAGGUGGUUGAGGUGUUCAUCGAUGUCACGUUUUUAUGGUGUCCGUCCUUGUUUUAUCAACUGGUCACAAUCAGCUCCGUCAAAGAGGGGGUGAGCUUCAACAUAGCCUACUUCCUUCUCCCUGGGAAGUCCCGAGAAGUAUACAUGGCGGCCUUCCCGAACUUCAAGGCAGCUUUCCACGCUCUUCGCGCACUUCUCUCAAUCAACGUUGUCCGUACGGACUUUGAACUGGCCCUUAUCAAGGCUUUUUAG